AUGAGGAUUCUAGCAUUACAUGGUGUCGGCAGUUCUGCCAAGAUCCUAGAGAGCCAGCUCGUUGGCUUCAUGAGAUCAGUCGACGCAAGCUACGAGUUUGUGUUGGUUGAUGGAGCUGUACCAUCGCACCGAGGACCUGGAUACUCGCCCUCAGAAAUUCAAGCUGCGCAUCACCAAAUCGCUACCACUGUCGACGACCUAGGCCCAUUCGAUGGCAUAUUAGGUUUCAGUCAAGGUGCAUCAUUAGCCCUGUCGUACAUCUACCACCAGCAAGUCAACGGCGAAGAGCCCGACUUCAAGUUCGCCAUUCUUUUCUCAUCCGUCGUGCCAUUCUCGGCAGACUCGACAUACUGCGAAAGCGAAAUCGACCAACUUUGCUCAUAUCGCCGCAGCGGGAUGCACGCGAAGGAUCUCGCACCUCGGCAGCAAGUCUUCAAUGACUGUCUAGUGCGGACGUUCCAAUCUGCUUUGAAAAUCGGGGCCGUCCUGCCGGACUUCAACCAAGAUUUCUUCGGGGAUGCGGGCGCCACGGUCCCUCGUGUGCUGCAUCCCAUGUUACUUUCAGAACGCAUACAUAUUCCAACGGUCCACGUGUCCGGCAGGCGAGACUUCCCUUUUAUGCACGACAUGCAUGAGAUAGGAUACCAGAUGUGCGAUGCCAGGCUUUCUAAGAAGCUACAUCACUCAGGAGGGCACCAUCCACCCAAGAAGGAGUCUGAAAUCAAGGCUGUUGUGAGGGCUAUGGAAUGGGCGGUGGAUCAAUACUACCGACAGCCACCAUCAUUUUUGUGA